CCCAGCCGGAGCCGGGUGUCUCCUCACGGGCGGGCGGCGCCCCGGGUGCCUGUUUCUGUGUCGCUGUCCCCUCCUCGUCCCCCCCCCUUCCUCACCUCAGCCCGGCGCCCAUGAGCCUCCCGGAGGGGGUCUGACACCGCCCGGCACCGCAGCACGGCCCCCUCCCUUCUCGGCGUCUCUCCUGAAGGGAUGGAGAACUCGUCAGUGGCAUCGGCCUCCUCGGAGGCGGGGAGCAGCCGCUCUCAGGAGAUCGAGGAGCUGGAGCGUUUCAUCGAUAGCUACGUCCUGGAGUAUCAGGUCCAGGGGCUGCUGACGGAUAAAACGGAGGGGGACGGCGAGAGCGAGAAGACGCAGUCCCACAUCUCGCAGUGGACGGCGGAUUGUAGCGAGCAGCUUGAUGGCAGCUGUUCCCCAUCCCGAGGGAAGGGCUCGUCGUCUCACGAACACAAUCAGAAUGGCAACAAGGAGAGCUCCCUUGACAUGCUGGGCACGGACAUCUGGGCUGCCAACACCUUUGACUCCUUCAGUGGUGCGACGUGGGACUUGCAGCCUGAAAAACUAGAUUUCACCCAAUUUCACAGGAAACUGCGAAACACCUCAAAACACCCGCUGCCUCACAUAGACAGAGAAGGGCUCGGAAAAGGGAAAUACGAGGACGGUGACGGCAUCAACUUGAACGACAUAGAGAAAGUCCUUCCAGUGUGGCAGGGUUACCAUCCGUUGCCUCAUGAAGCUGAAAUCGCACACACCAAAAAACUGUUCAGAAGGAGGAGAAACGACCGGAGGAGACAGCAGAGACUUCCCGGUGGGAACAAGCCUCAACAGCACGCAGAUCAUCAGCAAGGUGGCACCAAACACAACAGGGACCACCAGAAACUCUACCAAGGAGGCCAGGCCCCUCACUCCUCAGGCAGGACGGGCCACCACGGCUACAGCCAGAACCGGAGAUGGCACCACAACCAGAAACACUCGCCCAACGACAAAGAAACGCACAGAAACGCCAAAGAGACUGAGAAUUUGAAAAUCGAGGACACCUCGGUCUGCACGGUGCAUAUUCCUGCGGAGACGCACCGAGGCCCGGAGGCUGUGGAGAAGCAGUCUCAGCAGUACAUCCAGGAGUCGGAGACCAAGCGGAAAGACAGUAUUCACGAGCGCAUUGGGGAAAGACCCAAGAUCAAUUUGCUUCAGUCUUCCAAAGACAGGCUGCGGAGGAGACUAAAAGAAAAGAUGCCUUGUCUUUCCCUUUUCACGGACCAGGACGAAGUCACGGUGGAAACCACCAAUCCUGAAAAGAACAAAAUGGACAAAUUAAUUGAAAUCCUCAACAGUAUGAGGAACAACAGCAGUGAUGUUGACUCCAAACUCACCACCUUUAUGGAGGAAGCCCAGAAUUCUACCAACUCUGAGGAAAUGCUAGGGGAGAUAGUCAAGACCAUCUACCAGAAAGCGGUGACAGACCGCAGCUUUGCUUCCACGGCAGCCAAGCUCUGUGACAAAAUGGCCCUUUUCAUGGUGGAAGGAACCAAAUUCCGGAGUCUGCUCCUCAACAUGUUGCAGAAGGAUUUCACCAUGCGGGAGGAGUUGCAGCAGCGGGACGUGGAGCGCUGGCUGGGGUUCAUCACCUUUCUCUGCGAGGUCUUCGGCACCAUGAGGAGCAGCACCGGAGAGCCCUUUCGAGUCCUUGUCUGCCCCAUUUAUACCUGCCUCAGGGAGUUGUUGCAAUCUCAGGAUGUGAAGGAAGACGCUGUGCUUUGCUGCUCCAUGGAGCUGCAGAGCACCGGCCGGCUGCUGGAGGAGCAGCUGCCCGAGAUGAUGACGGAGCUGUUGGCGAUAGCACGCGACAAGAUGCUGUGUCCCUCCGAGUCCAUGCUGACGCGGUCCCUGCUGCUGGAGGUCAUCGAGCUGCACGCCAACAACUGGAACCCCCUGACGCCCACCAUCACGCAGUACUACAACAAGACCAUCCAAAAACUGACGGCUUGAGGGGCAGGGCAAGGUGGGGUGGGAAGGGCCGAGAAGAAGACAUGCACCAUGACGGGCUGCGGCGAGAGCUUUUCCGAUUUAAAUCCCCCAGCAGACCAAACCCCAGCAUGCUCGAGAAUACGUUCGUGGGGUGGGGAGGGAGAAGCAUGUUUCUUUUUCAGCCGCGUCGCCAAGUGCCACCCCUCUUCCCCGCCAUGGUUUUCUUUUAGGGGGCUUCUUUUUCUGAACUCAUUGCUCCGGCAGCGGCAGCAGCAGCAGCAGCAAACGCAUCCCGCCGGGUUAUUGUUUGGCUUUCGAAAGAAGACGGAGAAUUUGGGGGGAAAAAAAGAGGAAAAAAAAACAAAAAAAAACCGAAUCCAAGUAGGGGCUAGUAUUGUUUUCACGCCGUCCUCCUGCCUUGCCCCGGCCAACUGGCAGGAGACGGCAGGCAGCAGAUGUCUCGGGAGGACAAAGCCAGACACACACUACACCAGACGCUCGUAAUUGAUGGCUUUUGUCGAGCCGGGGACUUGCGUUAGGUUUUUCUCCCCCCCCCGCAACCUUCCUCUUGUCUUCGACUUUCUGUGUGUGUGUGUGUGUCCCCUUCCCCGUCCCCCCCCGCCCCCGCUACUCACCACCCCUUCGAAAGCGGAUCGGAGAGCGGGACGACUUUCUUAUUUGCACUGGGUUUUCUUUUUUUCUCGAGCGUUUGUAUUUUCUUCUUAUUUUCUUGUUUAUCGUCGAACGGACAAUUGCGAGCGGCUCGGAGACGGGGGAAGCGACGCCUUCCCGCGAGCUGCCUCAUGGUUUACGUGAAGAUGCUGAAGCAGAAGGAGUAUUUUGAAGGAGUCCAAAAGCCACCGCAGAAGUAACGUAGCCACCGUUGUCUUGCCAGUAACCUCCUCGAUGGAUUGAGAAAUGAGUCGUCGUAGCCGGGAGCUCUAAGAAACAGGGGAUUCUGCGGCUCUUGCUGUUCAAGUUGCCGUUAUCCUUCAGACGCUAUAACCCAUUUAAUUUUAUUUUUUUUUGUAAUAAUUCUUUUUUUUUUUGUUUGUUGCCAUUGAAGGAGUGCUUUAUUGUAAUUACUGUCAUGGUUGUAAUUAUCCAUUUAAAUCCAGGCCUGGUAUAGUCGGGCCUAAUAAUGUACAGGGCAAGGGAGAAAUGAAGGUUUGACGUUCUUCUUUGGAGACUGGUAAAGAGAAGACAAGAUGUGAAUAGCAAAAAGGAGAGAAAAAGAAGAGGAAAAAGUAGGAAAAGCCAAAUAUAGAGGUUUUGAGCCUGGCUUAUAACUAGUUGAAUUUGCGAACCUGUGCGUGCGGUCUACAGGAGCGGCUCUGUCCCGCGAUGGGUCUAAGUGACACCGUGUCCUUGAGGCAUGGGUGACGUCUUCGGAAGGGGAGAGUUGCUCGGGGAUCCCCGGGUUGCUCCGCGCUGGAGCAUCCCGAGGGAGAGGACGGCCGUGGAGGGUGAUGGCGAGAUGCCGUCUGGGCGAGGAAAUGCCUGGAGGGCGAAGAUGUUGGUACGGGGGGGACACGCCACGCUGUUACAGCGCUCCCCGAAGCAUGAACAAGACUUGGUGGUCUCCUUAUUUGCUUGUCUAGCGAUUCUUUUACCUACUAAAUCGCUUCUGGUGCUUAUUUUGGUGAAGCCUAAUGGGGGCGCGCGCUGCCCCGUCUCGUCCGUGCAGUAGAAGAGGAGCCAAGGAAAGCCCGAUGUCGGCAGCCCGUCCCGUUUUCUUCCCGUUACUCGAUUUACUUUCCUUUCCCGGUGAUAAGAAGAGAAUUUAUGCCACGGCGCCGGCAUGUACGGAGCCCGGACCAAGCAGGCUGGGUCAAAACUCAGCAGCUCGAACCCGUUUUUCCAAGCAAAACGUUGAAUUUCUGGUGGCUUCUAGAGAAGAGAGAUUUCACCCCAACCUCUUUGGACGUGCAGUACGUUCUCGGGUGCCUUAUGAAUGUGUCGGUCUGUCCGCGAUGGGGAGGAAGCUUUCGCUGCGUAAUUUACAAAGGACAGAUAUUUUCAGCAGAAAAUGCGUUGCAGGAGACGAGAGUCCCGAUGCUGCGGUUCCACGUUAUUUGGAUUUUCAUCUGGUUGUCCGCUGCCGCGGCUUCUAAUCCGCGCACGGAGCAAGAGGAGCGAGCUGGAAACGGGAGCAUCAAUUUUCCCGUCUACCCCGAAAGCAGCCAAAUUAUUGCGGGAUGCACUGGACUUGGCCGGAAAAAUGAAUUUCUGCUUCGUGGAUUCGAACCCUGGAGCUUGGCGUGGUGACGGCGCCUUGCGUUGGGUCAGCUUCGUUAGUAGCAAUGGGGUUUGGUAGUAUUAAUGAGCGGCUGAACUUGAUUAAGGCGGCAAAGCCCAUCAGUAUUAUAAGGCUCAGGGUUGCGGACGUUGCUUGAGAAGGGGAUUUAACACCCGUCGCCUGAUGGGUCGGGGUGCCAGGGAUCCUGCCGGCAGCGAUCCAGACCGCCGCUCCGGCCCCUGCAGCUUCUCCCUUCCCCUUCCCCCAGAAUUUGCUCUCGGGAUAUAGUGAAAGAAGGGGAAAAAAAAGAAAAAAAAGAAAAAAAAAAAAAGAAGAAAAACCCAGAGAAUUGGAGAUUUUGCAUCUAAAAACCUGACUUUUCACCCCUCAGUGCAUCAGGAGGCGUUCAGAGGCGAAGUGUAAGCCACGUGGCAGUAUUCCUGCUUAAGCAUUUCCUACCGGCCGCGAGGGUUUGUUCAGUUUUCCCACCGGGGCGCAAUCCUGCAACCCCCAGCGACUGGCCUCGGCCCGUGACGUUCCCCUCCAGCGCUGGGAUUUCUCCCGCCGAAGAACUUUUAUGUGAAAUCCGUCGGUUUUUUUUUCAUGUCUCGCCGUUUAUCUCCGCUGUUUAACGUACGUUCAUCCAGCCAUUAACCGCUUCGGUACGUCCGUCGGUCCGUUCAUAUGUGAGAAUCAAAACGUUGACCAAAAAUGGGUUGUUGGGUUUUGUUUGGUUUGGUUUUUUGUUUUUUUUUCUCCCAAAAUUACGUGCUGCCGCUGGUAUGUUUCCGAAGUCCAUCAGCAGGAAGCCGAUGGCACCGUUAACCAUGGUACCGCGUUGGGCAAACAGGUGCCACGAGGUCGUUCGACGGAGCAGGACGGGGAGUGACGCUGGGAAGGUUUUGGGGCUUCCUCGUGAGAGCACCUAGGGGAUGUCGUGGAGUAUUUUCUUCUCUUUUUUUGGGCGGGGGGGGGGCUUUCUUCAGAAACGGUCGCCAAAGAGCGUUAAUUCUACAACGUGCAUUUUUGAAGGCGCGUGAAGCCGCCGGCGACGUCUCCCCGAAUUAGCCAGAUUCCGUCUUCGCUGCUCAAUAAAAGUGGGGUUUUAAUACUUUUCCCCCCUACGGUUACAUCGGCAAAGGGGAAAAUAACCUCUUCGGGCCAAAUACGUGUGGGGCCAAACCUCGGGCUGGUGUAAAGGCGAGUGGCUGAAGCAUCUGCAGAGGAGCGAUGCUCUCCGUCGCCGCCGCCGCGCCGGUCCCCCUCGGAUGCAGAGCAGGUUUGCCGGCUCCCUGCCGGACUCGCCAGCAUCGAAUUCACCUCAUUCCCCCUGAAAUUCUUUCCCAAACUGAAGAUUUUUGCUACCCGCGAAGUGACUUGCUCGGUUUUUCCCCCUGAGGGGAUUUCACCCCCCGUCGGAGAAUUCUGAUGUGUGUGGAGGUGAAAUAAAAAUGGGGGGGGGGAAAGGAAAAAUAAGCAAUUUGCUCGGUUCCCCUCUUCCCCCGAAGGAGAUUAAUUAGUAUCUAUUCUUGGCAUGAUUGAUGGCUUUGAAGGAAAACUUGUCAGAAUAACUUAUGAUUUAUUUUCAGGCUUAUUUUUAUAGCAGCCCUCACUUGGAAGUCUCUCAAAAUCUUCCAUAGGAUUAAUUUUUUUUUGUUAUUUUUUUUUUUUUUUUUUUGGUCAUUUCCCUGCUGGGUAUUUUAUGGCUUUACACUAAUUUUGCUCUUUUUUGGUGUUAGCUCUUAGCCGGUCCCGGUGAUACUUGCAGGAUUUUUUUUUUCAGGAGAAACGACACUAAGGGUCGCAAAGUCCACCGUCGACCGCCAAGGGAGCCGCGGCGUCUUGCGGAACGCGGAGUUAACGCCAGCCGUUCACUAUUGGUGUUCGUUUGUUUUGGUUGGGUUUUUUGGGUUUUUUUUUUUUGUUUUUUUUUUUUUUUGUUUGUUUUUUAACGUAUUUAUUCGCAUUUGGAGACGAAGCGACGUUUUUAAUUUAAGCGUCUUUGGUAAACUAAGCGCUUUAAAAAAAAAAAAAAAAUUUAAAAGUUUUUCCAAAAAAAAAAAAAAAAACGGAAAAAAGGUUUUGGGGAGAAUAAAGACUAGAUACGCGUACUAGGGAAAAAACACAAAUUCAUCGUUUUCGGCAUUUCAGAGACUGUUAAAACAAGGGAGAUGAUAAUAACUCUUUGUGGCAAUUCAGUCUUUGUUUAUAGAACAUCCAGACCCCACUGUAUGCUAUAAAAACGCAUCAUCUGAGUAAUAAAUGUUUAAAGCUUGA